AUGAUACGAUUCAUUAUAGUGAUACUUUUAGUGGUAACUUUUAAAGUACAAGCGACUGAAGAUUGGACAGGGCGAUGGUUUCCUAAAGAACCAGUUACAAUUGCUUCAGAGGCCGGUGGUAUAACAAGAGACAGUAGCAGUAGGCUGUCGAACGGAACUGAACAUACAAAUUCGGCUCGUAUCAUUAUGGGAAUCGAAAAUCCAGACUGUGAUGAUGCAAAUCAUGGUUUGGAGAUGGACUUCGAUCCGUACAACAUUACUCAUUCCACGGUUUACAUGUGCCUAGAACCGAAGGCUGACUACAAAGGCGAUUACAAUAUGGACGCAAUUAUCACGGAACAUAUUGUGCCAUCUGCUUACGUAGCCAAUCAUAAAUGUAUGAAUAGUAGCAUAGAAUAUUCCGAACGGAUUCCAUCAUAUGGAACACAUCGUCCGCUUUGGCCGAAAUAUGGUGAAUACAAGUAUGUUCCUCCUCAACGUUGGCUGCAUAGCAGUGAACACGGUGCGGUAAUUGCUCUCUAUCACCCAUGUGCAAACAAGCAACAGGUAGACGAACUUAAGCAAAUUGUAAAGCGAUGUCUUUAUCGACAUGUUAUAACACCGUCCCAACUUCCGAACAAGGACCGUCCGUUUGCACUCGUUACUUGGCAUGCAACGCUCGAAUUUUCUGUUCUUCAGAGCACUAUAGUCGAAUCAUUCAUUGAAAAGUAUGCUCUUAAAGGACCGGAACAGACUCAUCGUGACGGUCAGUAUGAUCAUCUGCUAGAAGAAGCGGCCAAAGUGGUUUCAACAGAAGAUGACAGUGUGCUAUGUCCCAAAAAACAACGUGACUAAUAAAUUGGGGACAAUCUCGUGAGCGAGUACCGCUUUCCUUGCCAUGCGCAUAUCUACAGGAAUUUCCAAUCGAUGUAAAUCAAUGUGAUAUAUUGUUCUUUUUAAUGAUGGUGCAAAAUAAAAAAAAUAUGAUCU